AUGGCAGCGACAGAGACACGACCCUCUCUGACCCAGCAGAUCCUGAAUCCUCAGACAUAUACACCACCAUCUUUCACCUUCGACAGCUACCUCCGAACUUCACUGCCAACCCUCGGCGUGCCAUCCAAAGUCACCCGCCCAUUAUGCCAGGACUUCGUCGAGUCCAAAGGCAAGACAUGCCCUCGUGGCGCCUCAUGUCCAGACCGACACUAUCUCCCUCAGAGCGAACGCUCCGGCGUGCCCCACCUCAUCUGCAAACACUACCAACGCGGCCUCUGCAAGAAAGCCGAGAACUGCGAAUUCGCACACACCUUCAACCUCCGAGACGAGCGAGAAUGCAAGGAAUUCUCGCGCUACGGGAUCUGUCCUCAAGGCGACGACUGCACCUACCUCCACAUCCCCCCGACAUCCGAGCUGCGACGACAAGCAUGUCCACAUUACGCGCGAGGAUUCUGUCCCUUGGGACCGGAUUGCGGAUUAAGACACGUCAAACACCCUCACCUGUGUCCGUUCUACCUCGCGGGCUUCUGUCCCAAUGGACGCGCGCAUCCUCCGGACUCAGAUAAGGUGGUCAGCUGCGAGCAUGGCGCGCACGCACGAUGGGUCAAAGACGAGGACAUGAAUCCCAAGAAGCCGGAAGUGAGGAAAACGAAAGAUCCCGAACAAGAGCGCGCAGAGCAAGAGCAGCGAGAAGAGGAAUACUUCCAGGAGCAAGAGCGUAUACGCAGCGAAUUCGACCGCGGAGAGCGCGGGCCUGGGCGGUGGAACUUCAGAGGAGGAUUCCGUGGCCGUGGUGGAAGAGGGUUUAGGAAGAGGUAUUGA